CCGGGGAUAACUGACGAUCCGCGAUCGUAUAUAUAGUCGACGGUCCGCGGUUGACAAUCAUCAUUCGACCGAGUGCGGCAUUCAGAACAAACGACCAUCAUCAUGAAAUUCGCAGCAGCUCUUGUCACUCUGGCGGUUGUAGCCCUCGUUGGGGCCGACUCGACCAGCAAGGCGACAAAACAAGGAAAGAGAAGUCUAGGCGAAUCCGGCUAUGGACUGGGUCUGUCCGGUCUUGGUUACAGUUCCGGUCUCGGUUACGGUUCCAGCAUCGGUUACGGUUCCGGUUACAGUUCCGGUUUCGGUUCUGGUAUCGGUUCUGGUAUCGGAUACGGCUCCUCUGGUCUUGGUUACAGCUCCGGUUUAAGGUAUGGUUCCGGUUUGGGACUGUCAUCCGGUUUGGGAUUCUCUUCCGGUGGCUACCAGAGCGUCGCCAACGUCGCUGCCCCGGCCCCGACCACGGGACCCAUUGUGCCAGUCUCCAGAGAAGUCCACAUCGUCAACCGUCACGCACAACCGGUAUCCGCCCCGUACCCAGUGCCAGUGCAAAAUGACGUGGCCGUACCAGUGCCGCACCCAGUGCCGUACGCGGUAGACCGCCCGUACUCAGUGCCCGUUCCGUCUCCAUAUCCAGUGCCGGUCGAGAGGCCAGUUCCCUACGCUGUUGACAGGCCAGUCCCGCAUCCAGUGGCCUCCCCGUACCCAGUGCCCGUGGUCCGCGACGUCCCGGUGCCCGUGUCCAAGCCGUACGCCGUCCCGGUAGUCAAACGUGUCCCAGUGCCCGUGGCCACCCCUGUCGUAGUUUCCCAACCAACCAUCGCCUUGGCUGCACCGGCUGCUCCCCUGAUCACCUCCAGCUACAGUUCCGGAUUUGGUUCCGGUUUCGGUUCCGGUUACGGUUCUGGUUACGGCUCCGGUUUCGGUUCUGGUUAUAGCAUCCCGUCUAUCGGUCACGAUUCUUCCGCCAUCAGCUACAGCGGAUCGUCCUUCGGAUCCGAAGGCCUCUACGGCUCGUCCUUGGGAUACGGUAGCGCAGGACUAUCGUCAUACGGACACGGUUUCGAACACAAGAAAUAGAACGUUCAUUCGGCACGUGGAAUGUGCGUAGAGUUCAGCACGCAUAGUCCAACGACAACGAACGUGCAAUGAUACCAUUUAUUCAUACCAUGUACCAGUGAUAUAUAUAUUUUCAUAGAUAAUUCGUAUUUAA